UCUCGUGUAAAUACAGUGCGCAGCUCGUGAUGUUACGGAGUAUAUUUAUCUCCACUAAUUCUUUAACACCACAGAGACUUUGAGACUGCGGAGAGAAGGCAAACGACAAGGCUUUAUCAGGUGAGAGGAUGGAGGAAGAUUUGUCACGUGCUUUGAAUUCUGUCAGUUUGGAGACGAAAGAUGGCAAGAUGGAGAAUUUCGGGCUGUAUGUGGUCACGUGGAAUGUGGCCACAGCUGAGCCUCCAGAUGAUGUGAACGCUCUGCUUCAGCUCAACUCCCCAAAGAAACCUGACCUCUAUGUGAUUGGUCUGCAGGAGGUCAGGGCUGCGCCUCUGAAGUUUGUGUCAGAUUUGGCCUUUGAGGACUCCUGGAGUCACCUCUUCAUGGACACUCUCGCCCCGUUGGAUUAUAUAAAGGUGUCCUCCAUCCGGAUGCAGGGUCUACUUUUGCUUUUCUUUUCCAAACUGGAGCACGUUCCCUUCAUCAGAGACAUUCAGGUCACUUACACCCGCACAGGACUCUACGGCUACUGGGGUAAUAAAGGAGGAGUGACCAUCCGUCUGUCCUUCUACGGGCACAUGCUGUGUUUCCUGAACUGCCACCUGACGGCCCACAUGAACUACGCCUCUCAGAGAGUCGAUGAGUUUGAGCAUAUUCUAGACGCUCAGAACUUUAACACCAAAAAUACGCCGCACGUUUUGGACCACAAGGUGGUGUUCUGGUUCGGGGACCUGAAUUUUCGUAUCGAGGACCAUGGUAUGCUCUUUGUAAGGAACUGCAUCACCAGCCAGCGUUUCAAUCUGCUUUGGCCUAAAGAUCAGCUCACCAUGAUGAAACAGAAGGAAGUUAUUUUGCAGAAGUUUGAAGAGGGACCGCUGGACUUUCAGCCCACCUACAAAUUUGACUUGAACUCAGACAACUAUGACACAAGUGGUAAGAAACGCAAACCUGCGUGGUGUGACAGGAUUCUCUGGAGAGUAAAGCCCAAAACCUCAUUGACAAAAGAUACCACUGAAGAAGAGCCAGAAAAACAACAGCAGGAGGAACGUGAGGACGAGUUUCCCCUGAAAAUGACCCAAGAGUAUUACACAAGUAAAAUGGAGUAUGGCAUUAGUGACCAUAAGCCUGUCAUCGGCAUCUUCCGCUUGGAGUUGAGAAAGAUGUACGAGACACCACUGGUUCAGCUGUUUGCUGAAGGAGAGUGGAGUGCAGACUUUGACGCAGUUAUAACCUACAGGCUUCUUCAGGCCUUCGCCUCCAGCGCCUGGGACUGGAUUGGGUUAUAUAAGGUUGGCUUUAAGAGUGUUUCUGACUACAUCACGUAUGCAUGGGUGAAGGAUGACCAGGUGUCUUUCAAUGAGGAGCUCUUUCAGGUUUAUAUGAACAAAGAUGAAAUUCCAGUUCUGGGGGGAGAGUGUGUGCUGUGUUAUUACAGCAGCAACCUGCAGUGUAUUGUGGGAAUAAGUCAACCUUUCAAGGUGCAGGAAUCCAGAGCGGCGAUUGAAGAGGGUUUAGUGCCUGAAAAUAUCAAUGGCCUUGAUGAAGCUCUAGCCAGUUAAGACCAAGUUCAGUACACAUUGUUUCAUACACUCUGGAGUGAUCAGGCUCUGAUGUCAAACCAAACAUACCUGCGAAAUCAAGGAAGCGCAGUUUUAAUCCAGAAUUGACUGAUUUGUGAUGCAGGGUAUAAAAUGUUUUUUCCCUAUUUUUUUUUUGUAAUCAUAGCCAGUUUAUUUUAAAUCGCAGCCAGUUUGUGGGGCCAGUCCCAAUUAGAUUGUGCUAUUUAAAGCAAGUGCAUUUACAUUACUGUAAUUAUUAAAAAGGAUUCAAGAACAGUUGGUAUGAUUUAAGAAACGCAUACCAGUAAUGUAUUUAAUUAUGAUAUAUAAUUAUUUUGUUAUCUAAUUUACUCCACAGCCUUACGAUUACAACAUUCUCUUAAGCAUUUAUUUUUUA